UAUUAAUAUCUGGAGAUAACAUGAAGCUAGUCCUUUUGUUAGUAGCAAUUCUUGCUUUCUCAUUUGCACUCGAUGUACCAAAGAGACCAGACGGAUACUCAUACGGAACCCCAGAGGACCCAACUGCAACUCUUGACGUAUUUGUGGACAUCCUAUGCUCUGCUUGCAAAGCUUUCGAGCCUCAAUUUGUUGACUUCCUGGCCAACUAUACCAUUCAUGAUCGUCCAGUUACUGAUUUCCUUGACAUUAAGUUCCACAUCUUCCCACUUCCUUACCACCACAACGCUUUCUUCAUCUCAAGAUUGGCUCCAUUCAUCCAAGAUACCAAGCCUGAUCAACUUUCUGUAGUUGAGUUCAUUCAUUGGGGGCUUUCAGUCCAGGAUAGGUAUCUCUCAUCAGGUUCUUUAGACAAAGCUGAACCAGAAGUCCUCAAGAACAUGUGUACCGACUUUACCGAAGAAAUCGCUAAAGGAAUCCACUCCUUCGAAGACUGUAUGGCUGCCAUGCACAACAGAAACUACGAACUUGACGCUAGAGCUUCAUGGAAGUACGCAGCUUACAUGGGAGUCAACGGAACUCCAACCCUUCUCUUGAACGGUGUCCCAGUCGACCCACCAUUUGAUGCUGAGGAGUGGCCAAAAUUCUUGGAAAAAUACCUCCCAAGUGAAUCUUAA